AUGACUUAUAACUGUCAUGCUGGUGUUGUACUAGGCACGGAGACACAGAAGCUCAAUGAGCUUGUACGGUCACCCAAAACCAGUGUCGAAGUGUGUGGGCACCUGCACAAGCGCCUGAUAGCCAGCCACAGUGGCCACGGCCGUUGCAUCAAACUGAGCAACAGCUUGGAGUUCGAGUCGCAGACGAUACCCUGCCAGAGCAUCAUACCAGGAACAGAGUACGCUUUCUGCCAGGCUGGUACCAGUGCUGACUUUUCGCCUGAGGGCUCAUUCCUCAUGGGCGCCCCAGGCUCCAAGAACUGGCGCGGCACUUUCUUCAAGAGGUUCAUCUCAAAAGUGAUCACGAAUGAGGAGGAUGUUUUUAAUAUUUCCAUCGAGACUGACCAUUUCGCUCCGUUCACUAAACCGGACGGGUCCAACAUCACCAACAUGUACUCAUAUUUAGGUAUGUCGGUCAGAUCGGGGUACGUAGGUUCUGAUCCGUCAAAGAUCAUGCACAUUUCCGGUGCUCCCAGGUCAAAGGAGGUUGGCCAGGUUGAUAUUUACAAUUCAGAUGAGCAAAUGAUUCAUCAGCACACGAUACACGGCGAACAGUUUGGCUCCUACUUCGGUCAUGAGAUAGUCAUCAUGGAUAUCAACAGUGAUGGGAAAGAUGACAUGAUCGUCGGUGCACCUUUCUACAGGAAGCAGGGAAUUUGCGGGGCCAUAUAUGUCUACAUGAAUGAGAAGGGCAUAACGAACAAAGUAACACCUCAGAAGAUAACGAGCCGAAAGAUGAUGGAUACCGAAUGUGAGAAGCUGAACUGCUUGGAUGCCAGGUUCGGCUUCUCCAUGGCCUCCGCCGGUGACCUCGAUGGUGAUGGCUUUAAUGACCUUGUCGUCGGCGCGCCGUAUGAAGGCCAGGGAGCUAUUUACAUAUUUCACGGAAGAAGGAGUGAUCUCAGUCCUGAACCUGCCCAAAGGAUCUACGCAGGCGAUCUCAAAACUCCGUUUAAAGCUCUGGCGUUCGGUUCCUCGCUGGCCGGUUCUGGAUUUGACGUGGACGGAAACGGUUAUCCGGAUAUUUUGGUCGGUAGUUAUGCCUCCGAUACGGCCUUCUUAUUUUUCUCUAGACCGGUGGCUAACGUAAAGUUCAGAUUUGAGAACCUUCCGAAGUUUGUUGAUCCGAUGAAGAAGGAAGAAAAUUGCAAAGGAAAUGCCUGCUUCACAAUGAGGGUCUGCUUCAUACUUAGCCCCGCUAAAAAUCCAAGCAACACGAUGUCUAAACUCUUACUGAGUUAUUCAGUAGAAACCGACACCGAACCGAGAGUUCGAUCGCAGUUCUAUAUCGAGAAACGAUUGAACAUCAACUUCAGUGGCCAGGACAACAUCCGAGAUUACCUGAGGCCGUUGACCUACCAGCUGACCUUCCAGGCCUUUGAAAAGUCUGGUCCGACGAUUGAUUACCAGCCAGGAGGGACCAUACCAAACUACAACGACUAUCCGGUCAUCGUCGGAGUCAAGGCGUCACACAUAUUACUGGUACACUUCCGGAAGAACUGUGGAGAUGACGAGGUGUGCAGCAGUAACCUGAAACUGCAGGCAUCACUCAACCUGACCAGGUCAGCUGACUCGAGCAACUACGUUCUGAGAGUUGGGCAGGACAGGGAGUUGGAAGUGAAGCUGGCCGUGGAGAACAAGUUGGAAGACGCCCAUCAGGCCAAUCUCUACAUCACUGUACCCGCUAAUUUUGGAUUCAUAGGAACCAGUGGCAAGGACACAGUUUGCAGCAAGUUAGAGGAACAGAAUGUCGUGGAAUGUUCCGUCGGAAACCCCCUACCGCCGAACGAAAGGGUCGAAUUUGGGGUCCGACUCGACCCGCGAAUGGCGUUGCCCUCGAAGGAGGUCAUCGACCUCAAGGUCAUGGUCAACACGACAAGCAACGAGAUGGACAGCAAAGACAAUGAGGUGACCUUGAAACUUGAGGUCAUCGUCGAAACUGACCUUGGCAUUAGGGGUUUCAAGAAAGAACAGAACAAAGGGAAAAAAUUAGAUGAGAACAACAAAUCAACAUCAUUCAGAAUAUGCGUUGAGAAGAACGACCUAAAUAAAAUCAGAGAUCCAAACAUUUGGCCAUCAGGCGUUAUUUUACGAGAUUGGAUUUUUAACCAACAGACAGUGCGAGCCGGACAAAGAGUUACCUCAAAAUACCAGCAAUGA